AUGCUGGGAUUCCCAAUGUUCAACCCAGCUACGCCUGAUGUCUGGAAGAUGAAUACCCCUUACUUUCCAUUUGUUACACCGGGGUUAUUUCCUGCCUCAGCACCCUCAUCGCCCACCAACGUCGAUGCCGAAGCUGCCAGUUCCCAACAGUCGGAAGCAAGCUAUCUGGAUAAGGAGAAAGUCGGUCCGAUGUUCCCUGCUCGUGAAAAACCACUGUCUGAUACACAGAAACAGAUUGUUCGAGGGCCACUUGAUUAUCUUCUCAAAUCCCCUGGAAAAGACAUUCGUCGGAAAUUCAUUCAGGCGUUCAAUGAAUGGCUGCGCAUUCCUGAGGACAAGUUGAAUAUUAUCACGGAAAUUGUUGGAUUGCUUCACACGGCCUCCCUUCUAAUCGACGAUAUUCAGGACAAUUCCAAGCUUCGACGCGGCCUCCCAGUGGCCCAUAGCAUAUUUGGUAUUGCGCAGACAAUUAACUCUGCCAAUUAUGCGUACUUUCUAGCCCAGGAAAGGCUCCGCGAACUGAAUCAUCCUGAAGCGUACGAAAUAUACACAGAGGAACUGCUUCGUCUGCACCGCGGUCAAGGUAUGGACUUGUACUGGCGGGACUGCCUAACCUGUCCCACAGAGGAGGACUAUAUUGAGAUGAUCGCCAACAAGACUGGUGGCCUAUUUCGACUGGCGAUUAAGCUUAUGCACAAUGUAAUUGAACUAGCAGACUUGUUGGGCGUGAUCUUUCAGAUUCGGGAUGAUUACCAAAACUUACAGAGUGGACUAUACACCAAGAACAAGGGAUUUUGCGAGGAUUUGACGGAGGGGAAAUUUUCCUUUUUGAUUAUCCACAGUAUUAACAGUAACCCGAACAAUCACCAUCUGCUGAAUAUACUACGGCAGCGGAGUGAGGACGAUUCGGUGAAGAAGUACGCUGUUGAGUAUAUCGACUCGACGGGGAGUUUUGAUUACUGCCGGGAACGGCUCACUUCCUUAUUGAAAGAGGCGGAUCAAAUGGUUAAGAAGUUGGAAAAUGAGGCGGGACAAUCAAAGGGGAUCUACGAUAUUCUGAGCUUUCUGUCGUGA